AUGAAGUCUUCAAUCGUUUUUUCGAUCCUUCUUAUUGCGGCGUCUGCGAACGCCUUGUACAUCCCCGCUGGUGCAGAUGCGUCAAUGGAUCGCCGUGAUGAAAUUAUCCGCCGAGGUAAAGACGGCAAAGGCCCAACCCCAACGGCCGAGGAGAAGCGCAAAGCCGCUAACGACAAGUUCCAAGAGAUGAAGAGUCACGUUCUACACGGAAAGGAUGCAAAGGGAAAAGACGAGGCUCCGGACAAAGGCCGUCACGCGCUUACUGCGUAUUGCAAAGCCAACCCCAAAGCGACUGGACAGUGCAAUACCAAGACUAACCUGUGUCAUGUUCCAGACGCCAACAAAUCACUUUGGGACGAUCGUCCAGGCAAACACACUCUCCAGCAAAUCGAGAACCACUGCACAGACGCCAUCCUAAACCAUACAAAGAACCCCACAAACAAGGCUCAUGUGGUUAAAACGGAUGCAGGACAUCAUAUCUGCGUCAAAUACAUAUCAGGGGAGAAUAACGGUGGUACCGGAACGUGCUACCACGCUGGGGUAAAUGUUCCAGAGGGGGGUCUUGCGGGUGAUACUUGCGAUCACACUGGGAACACGGCUAUUGAUAAGGCAGACAGGGCAGAUUUCAAGUGCUCAGCUCUUUAG